CCCAGUUCUAACAACUCCUUCCAUCACGUUUGAAGUGACAACUUGCUCAAAGACGACCAUCGCCGCGCAGAACGACGAGGCAGUAGACACCAUGACGGGCAACACACGCUUGGCGCUGGCUGUCCUGGCCAGCGCGAGCACUCUGCUCAUCGCGCCCGUUCCCGUGGAGGCUGGAGCUGGAGGAUGGCCCGAAUACCAGUGGGAUCCGGAGACGAUCCCGACGUGCACGACAUGGCAGGAGCCUGACGAGAACCAGACGUGCGAGCAGUUCCGUGCGUACUGGGGCCUCACCGCAGAGGACUUCAACACCUAUAACCCAAGCGUCGGAGUCGACUGCAAGGGCUGGUACUGGCAGCAGUCGUACUGCAUCUCAGACGCGAAGCGCGACGCCGACUACAUCGCCACCGCGACGGAUCCCUUCUGGGUCAGCCUCGUGAGCUCGCUGCCCACGCCGACGCCCGGGACGCCCACGCACGUCGUCGAGGGCACCCCGAUCCCCUCACCGUGGCUGUGGAAGCCGUACUCGUGCUACCCCACCGGCCCGGACCCUUUCGCGAACAAAAUUCUCGACCAGCAGAUCAGCAAGGGGGACAAGAGCAUGACGGUCCAGAACUGCCGCGCCCGCUGCUGGGACCUGCUGCCCAGCAAGACCAUCACCUUCAUGGGCAUGCGCAACGGUGACGAGUGCUGGUGCGGGCCGCACCUGAUGUCCCCUGCCGACUACCACUACUCUGGCUGGGGCUCCUGCAACUCGACGUGCUCGGGCAACGAGAAGCAGAAAUCCUGCGGCGGCAAGGAGCACAUGGCCGUCUGGGGCGCUGUCGUGCUCUAUGGAAAAGGGCCGUUUCCUUCCGUUUCUGCUGCCGCAUCUAGCGGGAUCCAGCCGACAGCCGCGACGACGACUGGAAGCAGUCAGAAUUCAGCGAAAAGGACCACGGGUUCUGCCUGGGCCGGGGAGCUGUUAUCCUGUGCGAUGGCUGUGUUGACAUUGUGGACAUAGUCUCUCGAGAAACGCAAAUUUCAAUGUGGUGUGGUUUCCCAAGGAGAAAGACUGGGAAGAAGUGACGGUCCGAAGCGGCGCCAACUGGUGAAUGAUAGAUACAAACAUAUCACCUGCAGCCAAGCCUUUUCACAGGCUGUCAUCAAUUAGAAAGCCUCCUCUCAAGCAUCUUAAGCCAUGCCAUGGUACGUGAGGGUCUGGCUUUCAUAUCCGUCGUCACUGUCGGCGCACAAACCGCACUCCAUAUUAAUUGUAAGGAAUACCAGACGGGGAGGAUGAUCUUAUCGUG